CAUGCCGUUCGGCCGAUUUGCCUAAUCUUCGGCAUUCCGGCUUGUAUUUCGCGGCUCGGUUUUGAUUUUAGGCACUAUGGAAUAUUUUAUUCACGGCCCAUUCUAAUUCGAAAGUGACUUUGAAGUUGGAGUGCACGAAAACGCCAGCAGACGGAUAGAUGCGGCCAGUCCCGUUAGAUUUUUUAUUCCGGAACGAUGCUCAAGUCGUGAAACCAGAUUUUGCAUGCUUCUAAAAAGGCCUUUGAAUUUUCAAUAGCUCAUUCAGAACACGUUUAAUUUUAAACUUUUGGCCAUCAAUGAAACUGUAAACUCACUUUCGGUCUUGUGGCUUAUUGUAGUGGGGUCAUUAAUAUGCGAACUAAGGAAAGGCUAAGGUUGAAAAACCUGGCGCUGCAUGUGACCAAUGCCUUCAAAACUGGAAGCAAACCAGUCCCCGUCACCAUCUUCCUCGGUCCAACCAACAUUGUCGAGAAACCACGCGAGCAUGAGGCACCCAGACAGGACGCAGCACGCGGGUCAAAACCCGUCGGGUGCCCCUUCCGCGUACUCGUCCUACCCCACGUCUCAACCCUACCUGACCUCGAGCAUCCCUCCGCAGUCGUCCUACCGAACCAGCCAGCUCCUCAACAACAGGGGCGGCAACGCGUCCAUACAGGCCACCGCUUUGUCCCAGAGUGAUCACCCAAGCCUAAAUCAUGGGCAAUCCCCGUUUUCCAUGCGGCACCGAGUUUCAUUACUCCAUUCAGCUGACAACUUGCUCUCCAGGUCUAGGCUACACAACAUUGAAGAACCUCAGCAACAUGAAACACAGGAUAAUGAUGUAGGACCCAUGUAUAAAAAGAUCCGUUUGGGAAACAGCGAGGCCAACAAGCCUCAACCAGUAAAAGCUGAAACUCAGCCACUGAAGCUAGAUAUUUCUGAGCCAGCGUACAAUCCUCAAGUUGAGGCAAUAUCUCCCACACUGCCAGUGGAAAAUGUGCAAGAAGAUAUUUCGUUUAGGGUUACAAAAGAUAGUUUGCUUCAGCAGAUCGCUCAAGUAGAUAGGGAAAUUGCAAAAGCUGAAUCACAGAUCAUCAAAUUAAAGAAAAAACAGAAAGAACUUGAAGAGGCAGCCAGUGGGAGCUCCGCCCAACACGAAGAAGUGGAGGUAUCAAUUAAGCACCAAAGUCUUGCUCAGAAAAUUUACGCAGAGAAUAGGAAAAAGGCAACGGUAUCUCACGCCAUGUUGGAUAAGCUUGGUCCGAAAGUUGAUCUACCGCUUUACAACCAGCCCUCUGAUAUGACGAUAAUACACGAGAACAAAAAACGGCAUCAGAUAUUCAGUAAGAGCUUAAUAGAGCACUUGCGACAAGAGUACAAUGAUCGGAGGAGCAGAGAAGACUACCUGGCGUCCGUUUAUGCUUGUCAGCAAACGGCCUGGGUAAAGAAAGUCGAUAGAAUCGAAAACUCUGCAAAGAAGAGGGCGAAAGACGCCAAGAGCAGAGAAACUUUUGAAAAAGUCUUCCCAGAGCUGCGAAAACAGCGGGAGGACAAAGAGAGAUUCAAUCGAGUCGGCUCGCGCGUAAAAAGCGAUGCGGACAUGGAAGAAAUCAUGGACGGAUUGCAAGAGCAAGAGGUAAAUGUACCGAGAAAGCAACCCAAAGAGAUGCUAAUAUCACAAAUGCAGCUGGAGGACAAGAAGAUGCGCUCUUACGCCGUUGUUCCUCCGAUUCUUCUUGACAGCAAGCAGAGACGUUACGUGUUCAUCAACACAAAUGGGCUAAUAGAAGACUACGAACAGGAGUACAAGGAAAGAACUCACAUUAACAUCUGGACUAAUGAAGAAAGAGAUAUAUUCAGAGAAAAAUACUUCACGGUUCACAAGGAGCUUUCCAAGAACUUCUCAAACAUCGCUCAAGCACUAGAUAAAAAGUGCACCAGCGAAUGUGUACAGUAUUAUUAUUUGACGAAGAAGAGUGAGAACUACAAACAAAUGUGCAAGCGGCCAAGGGCUCGACCAAGGAACAAGACCAACGCAGCCAAGCCUGUUGCUUCAGCAGGAAGCGGUCAGUGUCUACCUCUGAACAUCGACAUUUCGUCAGGAGUUACAACUAGGCAAUCUCUGGCUUCGGCAAUAAGAGAUCAGUCCAAGCCUGAAAUCAUCCAGAACAAUAAUUCAAAUCAAAAUAGGAAUAACCCUACAAUGACUGCUCCCAGUGAGGAGUCAACCACCACCACCACCACCACUACCACCACCACCACCAACAACAGCAACACACAACCACCAGCUCCCAUUAAGGAAGAAAAGAUUAGUGAUUCACCGACUGUUAGCACGACAAAGCCAACUAAACCUAACAAACAGGUCGAGAGUGACAGCAGUGAUGAAGAGCAAGAAUGUCUACCGGCUAAAGGUCCACACCAUUGUUUUUUAUGCAAAAAUUUGGUGGAGAACAGUCGCCCGCUGGCUAAGGCCAAGGCGUCGCAGUAUGGCCUGCAGGAGGACCAGGUAGUGCAAGGCGCACGCGUGUGUUCCAACUGCAGGUGCAAGGCCGUCCGAUCCAGCACAAUCCAGUGCCCCAUCCCCAGUUGUACAGCUGUUAAAAACAGAGUCAAGAGACUCAAGCCCCUGCCCUCGGCACUUGGAAGCGUCUCUCAAGAGCUGCGAGACUCGAUUUUGGCUGAUUUGCAAAUUGUAGCGGGCGUGACGCACAGCUGCUCAGGCUGCCACUCCAGGAUACUGCGACGGUUAAACCUGAAGAGUGGUAGCAACCCUGACGGUGAUGACUGGACGGACAAGGAAGUCGAGGUUUUCUGCAACGCAAUCCAAGAGCAUGGCCCUCAUUGGACUAAGGUUGCGACGGCGCUCUCUACCUCCGAAGGCUGCUCUACCAAGACUCACUACCAGUGCAAAGCUUUUUUCCAGAAAAAUCAGAAAAAGCUUGGCCUGAAUGCUCUGAUGAAUGAGUAUAGAAAGAAUUCAAACCCGGAGCAUAAACCUACAUUGACUGACGAAGAGGAAUCGGGAUCAAGCACGUCCUCUUGCGAAGAGGAAACUGGCAAUGUUCCUGGAGCAGCCAGUGACACGGAUAGUGCAGCCUCUCCCACCAACGCUGAAGCUAAUACUCCUCUGAACCAGCAAAAGCAGUUUACAGAUAUCCCGCGAGUUCCAGGAGUGAAAGUUGAAAGCUCUGUGAUUUCCCCUCGAAUAAGCCAAGAAGGCGCGCCCCACGUGACUCACAGAGAUGAGUACGACAGCUCAGCGACGGUAAUGGAGACUGCUGACGAAGGCCAAGGAGCGGUCGAGUCCGAGCACAAUUUUGCAGGCAAACUGCCUAUCAAAAGUGUCUUAAAUCAAACUUCUAGUGUGUCAGUUGAUAUGAAGGACCUGAUGUUGAACGUAAUAGAGCGCAGCCUGAUGAAGUCUGGCACAAACUCGACGAAUGCGGGCGGGUCCCAGCAAACGCCGACCAUCUCCUCGAUCCUCGGCACGAACAGGGUCCUCGGAGGUGCCAGCUACCCAUCCAGAGAGUACAGGGGCAGUCCGUCGGCACCGCCGAUGUCUUCGACGCCAAACAACGAGCUGCCCAAGGAAGGUCUCGUCGUGAUGCAGGUGCAGCAGGCGCUCAAGGAGAACUCGGCCGAGGGCGUCACCCUGGACCUGAGCACGCGGAAAAGGGGCCCAAGCCCUCAUACCAAACUGCACCAUCAGCCACCUCCGAAAGCAGCCCCGCCGAGAUCGUACGAGCCCAUUGUUUUCAGAGAUGUCCCAACAGGACAGCCGCCCAUGUAUCUGACACAGCCGUAUCAUCCUGCAAAAGGUUCCAUCACUCAGGGCACUCCCAUGCCAGGAAGCCAUCUGAGCGCUCAGUCCUUUCCUGCGGCUUCAACGAGAUAUGAAAUGCCUACAAAAGGGCAGCUGAAAGAAAGUGGUGGGUCGAUUACUCAAGGAACCUCCUUAUUGCUAGAAACUAAGAAAGACCAGAGCGACAUCAUCAUGAGCGACUUCAUCACGUCGCAACAGAUGCACGUACGCCCCGCAGAGGCGCCAAUGCACCACUACUACCCCAUCUACCCAGCCGGCGGCGCGCAGCUGGUGCCGAACCAACAGCGCCAGGGUGUGAUCCAGCGCGGCGCGGCCAAGCCGAUGCCCCAGCAGCAGCGGCCGCUGCCGCGCUCUUCGUCACCACCCCCUAUGAAGAAGUCCGCUUACCCGCAGGGCCACGAGGCCCUCAACAACUUGGUGGACAUUGCGUUGCAGCAGGGCAGCCUGCCGGUGCCCAAGGAGAAGAUGAACUCUGUUGGCGGUCCACCCGCCAUGAUCAACGAAGGGCUCGGCAAGGGCCUGGCUGACAGCCACAUGGUGGCAGAGCAGAGAAUACAGCAGCCGCAAAUGUACGCCGAUUACCCCCCUCUUCAGGAAAGAAGUUUGAUGAAACUGCAAAACUCGGCUUACAGGAAAGAGUACUAUGGCCGACGGCAGGAUGAAGAUCCUCCGAGACCCAACUUGCAGAGUAUGAGGCAACUCCCGACUGAGCCUGAUAGGCAGAAGCAAAGUCCUGCUCCGUACAUGUCAAGAGCGCCCCCGGCACCCAAACAGUCCAACGAGCAGCAACUGACUGCCGCCAGUCUGAUCCACGCUAUCAUCACCCAUCAGAUAAACCAAUCGUCGGACGUCGAGGCUGCAGUCCCUAGACCUAGUGACAAACUCUUCCAGGGUUUCCAACGAGAAUUGCCUGCGAAAAGCCACGCCAACGACAGCUCUGAAAUGGAAUCAGGGCGCCUGAGCAAGCCGUCUGACGACUCAACCGAUGGGAAAUCCUCAGACGGCCAGAAGACCCUCGGAGAACACAUUGACAGAAUAAUCAAUAAAGACUUUCAGACAAAGCGACCUGAUGAGUCCAGACCUGGAAAGCGGUGUGAAGAACCGCUAGAGGUUGACACAAUGAAAAACUGCACUUCUUACGAACAGAUUUCGCCACCCCCACCGUCCCGGCCGGAUGUGGUCUCCAAUUAUCCUGACGACAAGCCGCACCUGUUGGACUAUGUGAAGAGCCGGAUCGUGCAGGCGAUGCGGAUUUCGGAGGACGAGGCGGACGCAUCGGAGAGCAAGGCUAAGGAAGCGGCGAUUGGCUCGCAGGAGCAACAGCGUCCUGAGGACGAGCGGCAGGCGGCGCCCACCGAAUUAGCGUACCCUUCAUACCCGCCCCCGCUGGAGGCGGCCGUGGCCCCUCAAGCGCCCCCGAAGCCCCCUGAGACUCAGUACGAGCCUCUGUCCGAGCCCGAGGAUUAAUUUUGAGGUGGCGGAGAACAAUUUGUAUUUUCUCUCUCUAUCUCUCACUCACACAUACUUGAAACCUCUCUCUUCUCUCUAUGAUUAGAUUUAAUAAACUGUAUGAAUGGAGGACGAUGACUACUUUUUUGUAAUGAUUAUGUUGUUCGUAUUCUUGUUACUUGAUGGAAAAUAUGUAGCUGUUGGUGCGUGUUCACAUGAAUCUAGUUUGCGAGAGACGGUGUGCAGUUUUUUCUCAUGUUUAUUGGUAAAUUCAUCGCUUGCGUGAAUGUUGUAUGAACGAAAGCAAAAUAAAAUUAAGAAGCAAAAGGGAA